CGCUGAGGGCUUCGCCCCGCCGCCAGCCCCCGGGUCUCGCGGGGCCGGCGGCCUGCCAUGGAGAGCGAGUACUACAGCGGGGGCCAGUCAGAUGAUGGUGGAGCUACUCCGGUGCAAGAUGAAAGAGAUUCGGGAUCUGACGUUGAAGAUGAAGGAAACGAGCAGCAUUCUGGAUCUGAGAAUGGAAGUGUAGGGCACCGUUCAGAGAACGAACACAGCGAUGGAGAAGAUGAUGGGCAAAUGGGAGAGCCUCAUAUGACAGACUCUGAGAAUGAAGAUGCACCGAGGCAAAAAGACAGUGACUCAGAUAACGAGGAGCCUCCAAAUCACAAUGCCAGCGAUUCAGACAACGAAGCAGCUCAGGGAGGGAAAGACAGCGACUCCGAUACCGAGGACCGUCCAAACCAACACUUAAGUGACUCUGAAAACGAAGAUACCUUAAAUCAUCAAGCGAGUGACUCUGAAAAUGGAGAACCUCCCAGGAAUCACAGUAGUGACUUUGAAAAUGAGGAGUCGCAGAAGCAGCCGGCCAGCGACUCAGAGAAUGAGGAGCUCCAGAAGCAGCCGGCCAGCGACUCGGAGAGCGAGGAGCUCCACAAACAGCUGGGCAGCGACUCGGAGAGCGAGGGCAUUGCCAGGCACAAACCAGAAAUAGAGUCUGAUGAUAGCGAUGGGGAGGACAGGAAGGAGGAGGCGCAGAACGAUUCUCACCGUUCAGAUAACGAACAAGCGAGGGAGGGAUUUCAGGGUUCUGACAGUGAAGAAGAAGGUCCUCAGAGACGGAAAAUAUCGGACAGUGAUGAUGAUGAUGAGAAAGAGGAGGAGAAGACGGUGAAGAGGAAAACAGCCAUCCUCUCUGACAGUGAGGAUGAGAAUGAGAAAGCACCUGCAAAAAAAGUACGAAUCCUUUCUGAUGUUGAAGAAUCAGAUAGUGAUGCUGCUUCAGAGAAAUCUGACAAAAGGAAGAAAAAUAUGGUAUCAGAUAGUGAAGAAGAGGAAGAAAGAAAAGAGGAUACUGGGAAGAAAAAGGAAGAGAAAGAUCUGUUUGGCAGUGACAGUGAAUCUGGAAAUGAACAAGAGAACCUGAUCGCAGAUAUAUUUGGAGAGUCUGGUGAUGAAGAAGAAGAGGAAUUUACAGGCUUUAACCAGGAAGACUUGGAAGAAGAGAAGGGUGAUGCAGAGAUGAAGGAGACAGCAGAUGAGUCUGACUCUGAUGAUAACGUUAAAAGAGGGAAGCAUAUGGACUUCAUGUCAGAUUUUGACAUGAUGCUGCAACGAAAGAAGAGUAUGAGUGGCAAGCGUCGACGAAACCGUGAUGGUGGGACGUUCAUUAGUGAUGCAGAUGAUGUGGUCAGUGCUAUGAUUGUGAAGAUGAAUGAAGCUGCAGAGGAGGAUCGGCAGCUGAACACACAAAAGAAACCCGCGCUGAAGAAAUUGACUUUGCUGCCAACUGUAGUUAUGCAUCUUAAAAAGCAGGACCUCAAAGAAACGUUCAUCGAUAGUGGUGUAAUGUCUGCCAUCAAGGAGUGGCUUUCUCCUCUCCCAGACCGAAGUCUGCCAGCACUGAAGAUACGAGAGGAGCUUCUGAAGAUCCUGCAAGAGCUGCCAAGCGUGAGUCAGGAGACCCUGAAGCACAGUGGAAUUGGACGAGCUGUGAUGUACCUUUACAAGCACCCCAAAGAGUCAAGACCUAACAAGGAUAUGGCAGGGAAGCUGAUCAAUGAAUGGUCUCGUCCCAUCUUUGGGCUUACCUCAAACUACAAAGGCAUGACAAGAGAAGAGAGAGAACAGAGAGAUUUGGAACAGAUGCCUCAGCGGAGGAGGUUGAGCAGUUCUGGUGGUCAGACUCCCCGCAGGGAUCUGGAGAAAGUGUUAACAGGAGAGGAAAAAGCUCUUAGGCCUGGAGACCCAGGUUUCUGUGCCCGUGCGAGGGUGCCGAUGCCCUCCAACAAGGACUACGUGGUCAGGCCAAAGUGGAACGUGGAGAUGGAGUCCUCCAGGUUCCAGGGGAGCUCUAAGAAAGGGGUGAGUCGACUGGACAAACAGAUGCGGAAAUUCACAGAUAUCAGGAAAAAAAGCAGAUCGGCCCAUGCGGUGAAAAUCAGCAUUGAGGGCAAUAAGAUGCCAUUGUGACCCUUCACAGAAUACCCUGUGAUCUCUGCUGUAAGACAAUGCACCCAUAGACUCUUGGGAGACCUUAAUGUUUUUUUAACAACUCAUUUGGGUUUUGUAGUUGAUCUUUAAAUUGUUGGUUCAGGUUCUGGUAUAAGAUAAUGUCCAAGGACUGUGAAUUUGGGGACUUCUUUCUCCUGAUUGUAUUUAAACUUGCUCUACUGUGUCCUUUGUACAGAUCACACAUUUGUUGUAUUGCAACUCUUUAGACAAUAAAACAUCUUCUGUUUUU